UGAGAAAUUUGACAGUCACUUAAUUUUUCUUAUUUGGGCAAGUUACCUCUUUUCGUUUUUCACGUUUCUACCCGAAUUUGACGAAACUGCUGACUGGCGCUUCAUUAUGCUUCCACAAACUGCUCUCUGCUCGAGGGGCCUAUUUGUCUUAUCGUUGUUGUUCUUUUCAAAUUGUGUCAGUGCGCUUUACGAGGAUCAAAUAAAAAAAUUCGAUUGGAAGAUACAACACAUCGGAGCGGUCGAUCAGGCGCAUUUAGAAUUAAAUUCCCUUAGUCCACGUUUGCUGGUUAGCACUCAUGAAAAUGUUGUUGCCGUAUUGGAACCUCAGACUGGAAAAAUAGUAUGGCGACAAGUACUUGAAAAUCUACCACGUGGGGAUCUGAAGUUAAUGCAGGUGGGAACGGCUUCAGUGAACAUAAAUGAACCUGAGAGCACUGCAGCAGCACCAACCAAUUCAAAGCACGGUUUCGAUGUCCUUACCGUACAAGGUCAUGCACCUGCUUUAGUACGUGGUUGGAAUGUGGCUAGUGGUAAUCUAGAAUGGGAAUGGUCUCUAAUGCCCCUUCAAACAGAACGCGCUGAAUCAUCCUUUUGGUUCUAUAAGAAUGGUAUACUUUAUCAUGUGAUUCCAACAUGGCAUAGUCAUAUUGAAGUCACGCCAUAUUUCGCUACUACUGGACGGGCGACAGAAACAACUGCAAGAAUAUCUGCUGGAUGGAUUAAUGCUGACAAAUGUGUUCUUAGCGGUGUCUACUAUACCUGUUUGGAAGGUAAUCAGUUGAUAGGUAUCGAUUUGACGGCAAGCCAGCCACAAAUUUUGCGAAAGAUUUUGGAGAAUGUUUCAAAGGAUAAGCUUCGUGCUGUGGAGGGAAUAAGCGGUGCUUAUGUGAUCGGAAAGAGGUUGGUUAGCAUACACGAAGCCUCGGUUGUAUGUAACAAUUAUGAAAGCAAUAGUUUCAUAUUGGGAAAAUUCCAAAAACGACGAGUUUUAGCGCAGGCCGACGUUGUUAAUAAUGUUUUACAAAUUCGAGGACACUAUGUGGAUAGUUGUGAGCCAGUGCCUGAAAUGACUAUUAAUAUGGAUUAUGCUGAUCAUUAUGGCGCACCGACGUUGAAAACAUUCGCUUGUGCGUCACAAAGCAAAGGUUGUUUGUAUGUGCUCGGCACAGAGGAUGAGUCUAUUUUGGCCGUGAACAGAGGCAAGCUGCGCUGGGUACGACAGGAGUCCUUAGCGAAUAUAGUGGCCAGUGAAUUUAUUGAUUUACCGCUUGCCGAUGCAGAGGGGACAUUAGAAAAUGAAAUGAGAGGGAACACAGAGGAUGCUACGGGAUUGGAAAGUGAUAUUGUGAGUGCAUUUUUGCGCCGCAUUUCUACUCAAGCUAUGCAAAUUAAGAGCAUAUUUCUACAUGUUAUUGGCUUGGGACAACCACCAACCGAUACACAGAAGGCUGGACUAGUACGAGACUCUUUUGGAUUGCAUAAAAUGUUAGUUGUGCUGACACGCAGCGGUAAAAUAUUUGGCAUUGAUAACAUAAGCGGUAAACACCACUGGCAGCUCUAUUUAAGCGAUAUUCAAAAUUUCGUAAAUCAGGAACCUAUGCGCUUGCUGGUACAGCGUACAUCUAAACAUUUCCCACUACAGCCGCUUUGCACUGUUGUAGCUAAGGAAAAGCUAACCGGUAACGGCGUGCUAUUCCGCUUCAAUCCCAUCAAUGGUAAGCCCGCCGAAGGUGGACUAUUAAAGUUGAAUUACAAAAUCAAACAACUUACGCUGUUAGCUGAAUCGGAAAAGGAUUCUAUAAAAGGACUACUGUUACUUGACGGACAAAACAAUGUUGCCGUAUACCCUCAAUACGUUCAAGAGAUGGCACAUGGCAUGUAUUUGUUUACUGCUGACAAAUCAACGGCUGUGUUGGACGGUUUCUUUGUACAAUAUGCCGACAAUGUUUUAAGUUCUCUACCGAUUUGGAAUGUGCGCCUAGGUGGCCACAACAAUGACCAUCAACUAGUCGCAAUAGCUGGAAAAAAUCCUCUAGAGCAUGUUCACUCGCAAGGCCGUGUGUUGGUGGAUCGGUCUGUGCUCUAUAAGUAUAUCAAUCCCAAUUUAAUUGCUGUGGUCACACAAGCCACCGAUCCUACACACAAAUUUUUAUUGAAUGUCUAUCUCAUCGAUGCUGUAUCUGGCUUAAUUGUUUUCUCCAUGACUCACCGCCGCGCUAGAGUACCGGUGCAUAUUGUACAUUCUGAAAACUGGCUAGCUUAUUCGUACUAUAACGACAAAGUGCGCCGCACUGAAAUCACUACAAUAGAAUUAUACGAAGGUAAAACACAGGCCAACAGCACCGUUUGGAGCUCAUUAAAUGCACCCCCCUUGCCAAUGGUUGAACGGCAAUCUUAUAUCAUACCUACAAUAGUGGAGACAAUGCGAGAGACUAUAACAGAGCGUGGCAUAACAAACAAACAUGUGCUGAUUGGCACAGUAAGUGGAGCCAUUAUUGAGAUGCCUUGGGCUUUGCUCGAUCCGCGUCGCCCAAUAACAACGAACACACAGGGCCGAGAGGAGGGUGCGAUACCUUACAUUCCUGAAUUGCCAUUGCCAACGGAGAAUAUCAUAAAUUAUAAUCAGACAAUUGCACGCUUAAGCAAUAUAUUUACAGCGCCCAGUGGCUUGGAGAGUACAUGUUUGGUUUUGGCUACUGGUUUAGAUAUUUUCGUGACACGCGUUGCACCAUCAAAGACAUUUGAUUUGUUAAAAGAAGACUUUGAUUACACAUUGAUUACGGCUGUGUUGCUGGCCCUAACAAGCGGUUCAUUGGUGGUCAAGCAUCUGGCUUCACGCAAACUAUUAAAACAAGCAUGGAAAUAAAUUAAUAUUAGUCAAUCUGCAUGCACCCAAUGCAACAACACUAAAGUAAUAAUUUAGAGUCAUUAAUAAAUUAAUUAAAAAUGAUACCUAUAGCCAAUUGAAGGUAUAGCAUUACAAUAUACCGAAAAAUAAGCAAAAUAAAAUAAAUAAUAAUUAUACAAAAAUGUAUAUGUACAUCUAUGUGUUAAAUCAACAAUCAGCUGGUGCUUUGAUUUUUAUAAAGCAAACAAACGUGACUAAAUGUGCUGUUCAAUUAAAGUAAAGCUGACAUUACUUUUAUUUUCACUUCAUUUAGGCAGUUAGGUUACUUGAGUUAUUUUCGGUAUUCUAUUUCUUUAAUUAAUAUUUUAUUAUUUUUUUCAAUUAAAUUUAAACAUAAUUUUUGCUGUUAGCUUAUACGAUUUUGUAUUCCUUCGGUUAUGUUAAUUAUAAUUUACCAAAAAAUUGGGAAAUGCGAAUCCAAAUAGUAACAAUAAAACAAUUUAAGAGAAAUAAAUUGCGUUUGUAAACUGCAUACGCAAAAAAAGGCUUUUUCAUACCAGAAA